GUUUGGUGUUUUAAAAAUGCGCUUUCGCUGCCUGGACAGAUCAGGGGGAAAUCUCCAAUACAGUCCUGAAAAAGCAAUAACAAUCAUAGUGUCAUGUUGCUAUCUACAUAACAUGGCACAGGAGCAUGGGAUGUUGAACGAUUUACUUCCACCACCACAGCCCCCAGGUGAAAUCUUUGAGCCUGAUGUAAUUUAUCAUCCCCAACCACUCAAUGCCCAUUUGGAGAGAACUGAACUAUUCAAAAUUUAUUUUCAGAUUGAAGAUUGUCAGUUACAGAUUCUCAGAAAUGGAAUACCACUCCCCUUCCUCUCGCCUCAUCCUUAUAUUUACCACAUUUUCCCUAAAUAAAUGUGUACUUUACUCAAA